GCAACAAAGGCUUCCGCCUCCUCGUUCUCCGUAGUAGUGGCAACGUUCGUGACGUGUGGUGCUGCCAUGUUUGUAGUGGCUUUGCGCUUGCUAACCGGGUGAGGGGAAGCCGUAGCGGGGGGAACUGCUUCGUUCUUCUCUGUCGGCUCCUCUACUCGCUUUAAAGCAGGAGGUUGACAGGAGGAAGAGGGAGGAGGCGCGAGAGUGAGCAGGGAGCGGCUGCAGCAUGGGGACCAUGGCUCAUGAGCCUGUUCCCUGCAUUUUAAAGAGCCCAGUCUCACUGCAAGUGGGAGACAUGAGGACUGAGCAAGGCCGUCCUGGUGUUCUGGUGAUUGAUGUUGUGCUUCCACACUCACAGACCAUUGAUUUGCAGGAAAUAGUAUUCAAGAACUAUUACACAGCCUUUCUGACUCUACGGGUGCAGCGCCGAAACCCUGCAGAUGGUGGGAACGAAAGUCCUCCCAAGUGGGUUACUUGUCUGCAGAAUUACUGCUUGAUGCCCAACCCUCACACAGAAGAAGGCUCUCAGGAUUACUUCUCUCUCUCCAGACAUCAGAUGCUCUGUGAUGUGGACCGAGUGGCUGCCAUGCGUCUCAUCCUGCGUCAACCAUCUCCAGUAUGGCUGCAUUUCACCAUUGAGGAGCUGCAGCUUUUCCCUGGGGGUCAGAAGAGUCCACAAAAAGGCUUCCCAGCUUGGCUUUCUCACCCAUCUCCUCAGGAGCGGCCAACAAACCUGCGUGAUGGACUCCCUGAUGCUGACAAAGUGUCUUCUGAACUGCAGCAAAUGUGGGUUUUGACCGAGAUGCUCCAAGCCAACCAGCCAGCAGCACGAAUUGGCCGCUUUGAUGUGAAUGGCUCGUAUGACCUUAACCUCCUUUCCUACACUUGAGUUUUCCCAGGACUCAAAGCUGACUAAGUUCCUAAGAGCUGGACUCACUGAGCUGCACCCCCACAGUGUUGGAUUGGCUUGAGGCAGGAAGAAAUGAUGGACAAAGUCUGUUGCCUUCAUGUUCCAGUCCUUCCCUUUUCCACUGCAUGGAGGUGGCCUUUCUGGGAACUCUCCAGCUCUACUCUGUUCUUCCUGCCAGGUCUUAUGUGGAGAUUGUUCUCCAUUUUGCACUGGACCCUGGAAGGCUGCUUUCCCUUGAACUUGAAGGUGCCUUAUUUGGGCUCUUCAUCUCCUGGUCUGUUUUUUGGAAGCCCCGUUGUUUGGUGCAUGUUUCUUUUGGGGGCAAAAUCAAGCAAUCUUUCAAGAAUCUGGUACUAUGAUGGGGGCAGGGCAGGGUGGAGAGAAGAAUCCUUCAUUUUGGCAAGAGAAAUGACUUGAAAUGUCUUGAAGCUGACAAGACUGGAGGUUUUACUUUCUCAAAUUCAUGUGCUGGCAUUCCAGAGAGAAUGAGAACUCCCUUGUUGCUUCCUCUGCUAUGGCUACCUCAUUUGCAACCUACACUAUGUAAUUGUGUAGGGUUUUUAAUAAGUGGGUGGCAAUAAGAAAUGCUUCCUGAAGAGUUAACCCCCACCUCUUUUUUCCUGGAGGGAUGUGAGUAGUUUAGUUGUGAAUUGUACAGAGCUAGCCCUCAACAACCAGUCACUAGCUUUGGCUACAAUAUUGUAAGGGCCACAUUAGAGAAAUAGUUUACCCUAGUGAAAUGGCAGUGCCAGACUGUGCUGUGUUGGUUUUUAGCUGAGUCCUGGAGCACCUUGUCAUUUUUUACAGCCACAGCUGUAGAUAUUUCAAGUAGCGAAAA